CCUAGGCGGUGCACGCAGAGACCAGCGCACCCAUCCUCGAUUUCCGGCCAAGCUUCACCGAAUACCACGGAACCGACCAAUCCCAAUUGCAUCAUAUAAAAGCUCCCGUCCUCCUACCAGAAUCCAGCUCUCUUCUCCAACCUAGCAGCAAAGCUAUCUUUCCUCCCGCGUCUCAAUCGACUCGAUCCUAUUCACCCUACCGACAUGAUGGCGCGCAUUCAGAUCCCCAUUGACGUCUUGACGUCGCGCCUCAACCUCCAGGACCGCCUCGCUGGGUUACGCAACACCCCCCUCUCCAGCCGUUUCGCCAACAUGCGCCCCGUCAGCGAGUUCCUCGACUUCAAGCGCCUCUCCAAGCCCGCCAACUUUUCCGAGGUCCAGUCGCGUGUCAACUACAACCUGGGCACCUUCUCGAGCAACUAUGCCCUGGUCUUUGUGCUGCUCAGCAUCUACGCCCUAAUCACCAACCCCCUCUUGCUUUUCGACAUUGUCCUCCUCGUCGGCGGCAUGUGGCUCCUCGGCCGGCUCGACGGCCAGGACCUCAUCAUCGGCACUUUCCACGCCACCUCCUCGCAGCUCUAUACCGGUCUGCUUGUCACCUGCGGUCUUCUAUUUCUCAUUGCAUCGCCUUUCACCACCGUCCUGUGGCUGAUUGGUGCGAGCGGCGUCGUCAUCGUUGGCCACGCUGCUCUGAUGGACAAGCCUAUCGAUGAGGCUUUUUCUGGGGAGGCGGUCUAGGUGGUCGGCCGCGAGCUCCCGAAUUUACGCCCCAUUGGGGAAGACCAUCGAGGCGUCCGCGGAAGGGACGGGAGGCGCCAACAGGGGACGAGCACG